AUGCUCCGCUCGAGUGCCCUCCGCGUUGUCCGCCAGGCGCCCCUCUCGCGCGCCGCGUCCACCCAGGUCGCGCCCGUCAGCCUCUCCAACAUUGAGGUUUCGUGGAAGAACCUCUCGCCCGCCGAGCAGGAGCAGACCUUCAAGCACCUCGAGGAGCUGCAGAAGAAGGACUGGAAGGAGCUCUCGCUUGACGAGAAGAAGGCCGCCUACUACGUCGCGUUCGGCCCUCACGGCCCCCGUGCCCCUCUCGAGGUCAACACCGGCAAGACCAUUGGCGGCGUCGUCGCUGCGCUUGGCGCGGCCAGCGUCCUCUUCUACUUGAUGCGCAAGAACGCUCAAGAGACUCCCAAGACCCUCUCCAAGGAGUGGCAGUCUGCAGCGAACGAGAAACUACUUGAGCAAGGCUCAGACCCAUUUACGGGCGUUUCAAGCAAAGGAUAUCAGGGCAAGGGCCAGGUCACGUUCUGA